AGGAAACAAAGAGCAGUGGUAACGCCCACUCAAAGUCAUGAGGAGGUAGGCGUCGCCACAGGUGAAGAUAAUUGGUGAUGAUCAUUAGUAGGUGGAAGGACAAGGAGCAGUUAACACUAACAGUGGUUUUACUUCUUGAAGCUAAGGUCAGAAAGUUAUUUCGAUUCCACUUAUCCGAGCACAAGAACGUAACUCAACAUGGGCCGAUUUUGUAAGAUUGUGGUCGCUGUCGUCUUACUGGCUUUGUACAGACAAGUCGAAGGACUUUGUGAGGAAGAUCCAAACGAUCCCACCAAACUCCCUUUUCCUAACAUCUUCGACCUGUCAGUCAGUCACUUGGGAUAUCAGAUGAGUGUAGAGGCCAAUGUUGUAGACGAGCAAACAAGUUAUUUUGCUGAAGAACGGUACGACAUCUUUAAUAGCAGAGGCAAGACAGAAGUCUUAGGGGGAGGGAAGAGAAGGUUAAUUAUAUACUACAAAGAAACCGACGAAUAUUUCAGUAUUUCUGAGGGUCUCUGUAAUGUGAGCUCGCUGUCAUCUGUAAAGAACCCUUUUGACAAGCUGUGGAUGGACAGAGAAGAUGACCGUGUGAUUCUCGGUCCUUCAGCCAUGUUUCGACAUGCAUAUCUCGAUUCACUGAAAGGUGAUGUGGAUUAUAUGGGAAAAGAAAAUCUUUAUGGUGUAAGAGACAUGAUCGCCGAUAGAUGGAGACAGUGUCCUAAUUCAAAUACUCAAGUAGACUUCUAUUUUCUAGACCCUAAAUGGAACAACCAUCUGAACGACAAGAAUCUUCCGAUACCACUUCGAGUGACUCUUCAAACUGAAAAAGGUGGAAAAAUAUCCACAAUACAAUUUGAAUUUCUAAAGUUUAUCCCGUUUGUUGAAAACCUGGAUGAAACAUUUCUGAUUCCGACUGGUUUCGGUUGCCAGAGAUUGGCGAAGGAUUUAAAACAGCCUGUUGACUUGUCGAACAAGGACCUGUUGAUUCAAGGGGAACUUCUCUACACCAUGUUAAACCACACAAAUACGCCUUACAGCUACGCUACGACGUUUUUUGUGGCGUACGACCAGAAGUCUGGCCAUCUAGCUCAUUUCUACAACCGAUGGGAAAAGAACACCUCAUCUGAUCCAGUUCCUGUACAAUCAAGUCUUAUCGACGUGUAUGGCUACAAAGACAAAGUGUUAUAUACAAUCAACCAGGACUACGGUAACUGUUCCAUGACAAGGACCACCACAUAUGUACCAAAAGUCUACAUGCCCUUUGGGAAAGAGCUUGUUUUGACUAGUCCAGAAUUUUUGGGCAGCAACGAGGGAUUUCAUUAUUUUGGAGAGAGUGAAGAACGUAACAUUCCUGUGUCAGUGUUUGAAAAAAAGGUGGAGGGUUUUUCACUCGGACCUGGUACGAAGUAUCCUUACGCCGUAAUCACACGUUAUUACACUAACGAUGAAGUUUGGUACGACAGCAACACCAGAGAGCAGCAAGUACCAAUUCGAGUUACUGUUCGGGUUUACAGCGACGGGAAUAUUCCACGGCCGUCCGAAGUAGUAACUUUCAAUGUUGCUGACUUUUCCACCGAGUUACAUAGCCCGGAGAAAGUAUUUGACGUUUCCAGCUGUUUUAUGGACUCAUCAAUGUCCAAGUGGUUCCAAAUUACUUUUCCAAUGGAAGCCUACGGAAUCCUGGUGUCAAUGGAAUUCCCAGGUAAAAUCAAAGACAAAUUUCUGAAAACAACGAGAACGCUCACUGGCAUCUCCUCGUUACGAAUUCCAAAGGUUCUGGUUGAUUUUGAUAAAGACCAGAUGUACGUUUCGGCGUUGCUGUUGGAGAGACCUCCUUAUUUUACGACUUCAACGUGAAUGAAAACAAACGUCUCAAAGCUCCCACUUCAACACUUGGAGUGACCACGCCUCAGGACUGUGCCAAGAGUUGUCUAGAAAGCAUUGAAAUUUGUUGGGGAUUCGCCUACUGUGGAGCCACCUGCUAUCUCACUUCUAAAUCGUAUUCCGAUGGCGAUGUGAUUGAAGACAAGGACUGCAAUGUGUAUAAAA